CUAGUUCUUAUUGCCUGCUUCACAGUGGUAAAAAUAACGUCCACAUUAACGUUUUUAUUGUUGUGAUUUAGACGAUUGUUAACACCCUGGAACUCAAAAUAUGACAUAUUUAACUGCACCGCAUCACAUACGUAUCCCAGGUCAUCUUUAAUUCGCGUUGGCGACGGAGUGGUUGAUAGAUGUUAUCUAGAUAACGCUAGCUAGCUGCUAACAAUGGCUAACUGUAUGGUUUUUCACACUCAAAUAGCCUCCGUCAUGGAGGUGCUAGCGAAUGCAGCCGUGGCAGAGAUCUGUAAACUCGUAGACGAUGACUAUGCAGUGUUUCGUUUGGAAAUAACUCAAAGCCAGAAAGAAAACAGGUCAUUGCGGAGGAAACUACUGGAACUGAAGGUGGCACGGGAGCGCGCAGAGAGGACAAUCCGAGAGCGCGCCCUCGCCAGUCGUCCCAGUGGUGUCAAGAUCCUCGAUCGAUACAGAGGAAUAACAAGAGGUGAAGGACAUCUCACUGGAGGCCACAGGAUCUCUGUGAAACCAGCAGGACACAAUACAUGGAGAGAUGACCAACCAAUCACUGUUGAUGAGGGGAGUGGAACCUCAACCCAGCACGUUAUCAUGAUAGAGUCUGCAGAUGCAGAGCCUGCAGGUCCUGGGGUCAAACAGGAGAGGUCUGAAGGAGAGGAGGACCAACGACACAGCAGAGACAUCCAGACUGGGGCAGAUGGAGCGCCCCUUGUAGCCACGGAGGACCCCACCAACACCCCAGCGCAGCUCAGGACCCAAUGCAGUAUCACGGAGGAGGAGGAGGGUCCAGAGGUGCUGCUGGUGAAGGGGGAGGGGUGUGAGGAAGGUCUGUGGAAGCCUGAGGGGAACAUGGUCAUGGAGGACAACCAGACUACACCUCCUCCUGAACCCGCAGAGGAACCAGCUGAGCAGCACAGGACCACACACAGUCUCACUGAGUCAGUUGACAUGGAGGAAUGGAAGCCUGAUCUGCUGCUAGUCAAAGAGGAGACAAUAGAGGACGGACCAGAGAGCAUUGAUCUGCUGAGUGGACUAACGAUGGGGGAGCAAGGUGGUUGGCUGGAGGCUAACAGAGGAGACUGGGUGGUCAACUUGGAUUCCCAGACCCAGACAGGUGCAGCCAAAGGCCCUGGGGACGACAUCACUGAGCAAGCCAGGACCAUAGGCGACAUAGUGGAGUCUGCAGUCCAUGAGGACCUGCUGAUAUCAGGUGUUGCUGGUAGGAGAGACUGGACCUCUGAGGCGGCUGGUCACAAACCCUGGCCCCGGAUCAGGACAGUGGAUCAAGAGCCGUCACUAUUCCUUCCUGAUUCAGAUUCAAGACGGAACCACGAGGAACAAAGACUCAACCAUCACGUAGAACACAACCAGUGGACAUGUGGACUGAACAACUUUAGUCCUGGUGGUCAUCAGAGAGACAGAGGCUCCAGUCAGGGAUCCAGUCUGCAGCCCAGACCCUUCUCUUCACAGUCUCAGUGCAGGGAUGAAGCAGGGCCUGCGGCUGAUAGAGAGAGACCCUCCUGUUCCUAUGAUACAAACAGCACAGCAUCCAUGAUGAACAGAGCAGGUCACCCUGGGCUUCAGCCUUCACAGAGAGUGACAGGAGCCCUCCCUGGUGGUAGUCUAUCAGCAAGUCGGUCUUCUCCUUCAGGGUCUUGUCUAAUGACUGGUGAAUGGGUUCAUAGAAAGCCUGGACCUGGGUCUAGCCUUCCUCAGUUACCUCAUGGUUACCCCACCAAUACAGACCGGGUCAGGAUGGGUGUUCUCCACAAGAGGUACUUAUGCUAUAACACAGCACACAAUUCCAACAACAGCCAAACAAUGGCUAGAGGUCAAGGAAGGAGCUCAAAGACUAACCACCUGAUGGUGGUGGCGCCUGCCUCUACCUCCUCUGCUGUCAUUGGAUCACAAUGUGGGAGGCCGAGCAUGAGGACGGACCCAGACAAGCUAUAUGCCUGCCCCACGUGUGGGAAGCGCUUUGCUGAGGUGAACUAUGUGAAGAAACACCAGAGGGUCCACACAGGGGUGAAACCGUUCAGCUGUACCCAGUGUCACAUGCGCUUCGCCCAGGCUGGUGACCUGAGGAGGCACAUGAGGGUCCACACAGGGGAGAAACCCUACAGCUGUCCCCAGUGUGAGAAGAGGUUCUCACGCCAGUACCAGCUAAAUGUGCACCUGAAGGUCCACGUGGGAGAAAAGCGGUUAUUGUCCUGCUGAAAGGUGAAGUUGUCUCCCAGUGUCUGAUGGAAAGCAGACUGAACCAGGUUUUCUGCUAGGAUUUUGCCUGUGCGUAGCUCUAUUCCGUUUCUGUUUAUCCUAAAACGUAUCCUUAGUCCUUGCUGAUGACAAUAAUACUCAUAACAUGAUGCAGCCACCACCAUGCUUGAAAAUAUGAAGAGUGGUACUCAGUGAUGUGUUGUUGGAUUUGGCCCAAAUAUAACGCUUUGUAUUCAGGACAAAAAGUUAAUUUCAUCGGCACAUUUUUUGCAGUUUUACUUUGGUACCUUAUUGCAAACAUGAUGCAUGUUUUGAAAUAUUUGUAUUCUGUACAGGCUUCCUUCUUUUCACUCUGUCAAUUAGGUUAUUGUGGAGUAAUUACAAUGUUGUUGAUUCAUCCUAUCAGAGCCAUUAAACUCCCUGAGCGGUUUCCUUCCUCUCUGGCAACUGAGUUAGGAAAGAUGUCUGUAUUUUUGUAGUGACUGGGUGUAUUGCUACACCAGCCAAAGUGUAAUUAUUAACUUCAUGUUCAAAGGGGCAUUUAAUGUCUGCUUUUUCCCCCCCCCCCAUCUACCAAAAGGUUCCCUUCUUUGCGAGGCAUUGGAAAACCUCCCUGGUCUUUGUGUUUGAAUCUGUGUUUGAAAUUCACUGCUCGACUGAGGGUGCUUAAAGAUAAUUAGAUAUUUUUGGGGUACAGAGAUGAGGUAGUCAUUCAAAAAUCAUGUUAAACACUAUUAUUGCACACAGAGUGAUGAGUCCAUGCAGCUUAUGUGACUUAUUAAGCACAUUUUCACUCCUGAACUUAUUUAGGCUUUCCAUAGCAAAUGGGUUGAAUACAGACUCAAGACAUUUGAUUUUCAUUUUUCAUUCAUUUGUAAACAUGUCGAAAAACAUAAUUCCACUUUGACAUUAUGGGUUAUUGUGUGUAGGCCGGUGACAAAAUCUGAAUUGAACUAUUUUAAAUUCAGGCUGUAACAAAAAAAGUAUGUUGCAUUUUGUGUUUGUACUGUGUAGGUUAUAUGAUGUUUACAAAUGCCUGUUUCAUUACUUCCAAUCAAAUAAAAAAAAAUCCCAAGAGACUUUUAA